CUCGACGCGCAACAUCUCCUGUGGCAGCUGCACACAGGAUAUCUCCUGCACCCGGAAAUUCCUCGCAAAGAUGGAAUGGCGAUUGCCGACAUUGGAGCUGGAACGGGGAUCUGGGCCCUUGAACUUGCCCCCAACCUUCCCGCAGACGCUCGCAUCGUCGCCUAUGACAUCGCCGACACGCACUUCCCGGCAAAGGAGUAUUGGCCUGCGAAUGUGCGCUUCGAGCUGCUCGACUCGCUCAGCCCGACAAUCCCGGAAGCCCUAAUCGGCCAGUUCGACGUGGUGCAUCUGCGCAUGUGGGCCUUCAUCAUCCGGGACAACGAUCCGAGUGCGUUGAUUCGGCAUGCUGCGAGAUUGCUGAAACCAGGUGGUUAUUUCCAAUGGGAAGACGCUAGAUUCGGCAGUAUCGUGCAGCGUGGUCUUCCUGCUCAGCAAUUCCGGGAAUUGAUGAAUCGGCAGACGGUGGUGACCGGGCAUGAUUUCCGGUGA